AUGAUAAAACUCGUCGCUCAGCUCAAUUCAAAUGCGGAUUUCAGUGCUUAUUCGAUCAUUUGGCAGUCGGUAUGUGAUUAUGGCGAUGGAGGAGAUCCCAUCGUUUGUUGUCCUUCUGAUAGUAAUUCGCAAGGAAGCGGAUAUUGGUUCUUAUUUGCGCCAAUGAACACGGAAACUCCUGCAACGAACGUUGAUACUGUCACAGGAGGAUGGAAUUGGGGCGAUUCGAAUGGCAUUAAUUUUGAUACGACAGAAAGUACAACUCAAACUUCUCCUGUGACAAUUCCAACGUAUGAUGCUGCGAGUGAUAAUCGCUGUGGCAUUACAAAUGCGAGUCAUACGCGUGUCGUUGGAGGAAGAGAAGCUUCGAGAGGAGCAUAUCCAUGGAUUGCAGCUUUGUUAUAUCAAACUCAAGGAAAUGCUGGAUUAAAGCAAUUAUGCGGAGGAUCUUUAAUCACGAAAAGACAUGUUCUCACAGCUGCUCAUUGCGGUAAACCAACUCUCCGUUCUGUGGCAUUGGGCAUUCAUGAUAUCAACAAACUUUACGAAGGCGUCGUCAUUCAAGUUGAAAAAACUCGCGUUCACGAAGAAUACGACUCGAAAAAGAUCGUCAACGACAUUUGCAUGCUCAAGUUAAUUCAAGACGCUCCAAUUAAUGACUUUAUUCGCCCGAUUUGUCUUCCAACGCAAGAACCUCAAAGAAGCAUGGAUUUGACGGGAUAUCAACCUUUUGUCGCUGGAUGGGGAACAACAAGUACUCAAGGUCCAGCAGCAAAUGUUCUUCAAGAAGUUCAAGUUCCCGUUGUUUCAACGCAAUCCUGUGGAAAUUCGUACAAAACUUUCUUUCCGAAUCAGGUUUAUGACAAUAGAAUUAUUUGUGCGGGAGCGACGGGAAGAGAUAGUUGUCAAGGCGAUUCGGGAGGUCCGUUAAUGUUUCCUGUGCUUUCGGCGAAUGGAAAUUAUUAUUAUUAUGUGCUAAUUGGAGUUGUUUCUUAUGGAUAUGAAUGCGGAACGCCAGGUUUUCCGGGAGUUUAUACGAGAGUAACAACAUUCCUUCCAUGGAUUCAAAGAAAUUUAAAUUAAAAAAAAAUGCUUGAAGCAAUGAAAAAAUUUUGUUUACUAAUUUUUCAAUCCCAUGGAUGAAA